CUGUGCGGGAAUCAAAAACAGACUUUUCCUGACGUCUUGUGGAAUGUGACGUAACACAUGAAGAAGGCGUUACGAGUUUGUUUAUCUGGCAGAGACGCACACGCGCUUACAAGCAAAUAGAAAGCAAAUCUUUUUAUUUUGCUCCGUUAUUUUAUUGUACAUUUCCUCACGCAGGCUAUGAUUUACCCUACUAAAACAGUCAUAUUGAUUUUUUUUUUUUUUCCUUUCUCUUUUUUCAGAAUUAACCUCGAAAUUUCAAUGGGUUAAUGCGAUGCAUUGGCCAGUAGUUUCAAUGGUAAGAUACCGUUGGCCGCCGGCGACCACUCCCACCUUUUAGGUACUGCUCAUUUUACCCGCUGAUUGGCCUUUGGAAACACCCACUACCGGGUUUAAGGCCGAUAGCACCGCCUCUCCGCCGAUAUCUCGCGCGAUAUCAUUGGAUGCGGCCGGGCUCAAUUUGCAUACGCUACCGGACUGGUCAAAACCAACGUCCGUCAUUAGGUAUCUGUACUCACAGCAGUUCACAUAGAGCGUGCUGGUGUGUCAUCGUGGUGCAGAGAGGCAGCGAUACGCGGUGAGUAAUGCCGGCCUUGUUGCUUGAUGUCAGGACGGCUAUAGAGAGGAUGAAGGCGGACGCGGAUUCCCUCUGACCGUGGCAUCCUACAUUCAUUGACUGAAGUCUGCCCAUUGUCAACAUGGCAGAGCAAUGGACCGCAGUGCCCACUUCUAAUAUGGCGGCGCUGAACCGGGCUAGAUCAUUGACUGUUAUAUUCUUAAUUGUCAGCAGUUGUCUGAUCAGUAGCGUUGAUGGCAAAGACGCGCCAGAAGAGACUGUCAUCAUUGGCCUCCGGCUCGAGGACACCAACGAGGUGUCAUUUAUGGACGGAGGCAUUUUGCGCGUCAGCGAGCGAUCUCGUGUCAGGUUAAGGGUCUAUGGGCAAAACAUAAACAACGAGACGUGGUCCAAACUCGCCUUCACGGAACACCGCAGCAGCAGCGCACCUGCGGAGAGCCAGAGCCCCGGAGACGCACCUGCCUCGCAUCCCUGCGGCAUCCGAUCCUCCGAUAUCAUCAUCCUUCCUAACGUUGAGGUAAACAGAAAGACAUCUGGUAUUAUUGAAUUAGAGGUGAAGCCUCUGCGAAAAACAGAGAAGAGUAAAUUGUAUUACCUGUGCAUCGCCACCACAACACCUGGCGCGCAGGACUCGUGGUCCGAGAACACCUGGAUCUAUCACGACGGGCAUGACACGAAAGUGCUCGUGGUGGAGGAGAAAAAGUUCCUGCUGCCUUUCUGGCUGCAGGUUAUUUUUAUUGCCAUGUUGUUGUGUUUGUCCGGCAUGUUCAGCGGGCUGAAUCUGGGACUGAUGGCGCUGGAUCCCAUGGAGCUCCGGAUUGUCCAAAACUGCGGGACUGAGAAGGAGAAGAAUUACGCGAAGAAAAUCGAGCCAGUCCGAAGCCAAGGAAACUACCUUCUGUGCUCUUUGCUCUUAGGAAAUGUUCUGGUCAAUACCACUUUGACCAUUCUGCUCGAUGACAUCGCAGGAUCGGGGCUGAUCGCUGUGGUGGUGUCCACUAUAGGCAUCGUUAUAUUCGGAGAAAUAGUGCCACAAGCCAUCUGCUCCAGGCAUGGGCUCGCCGUGGGCGCAAACACAAUAUUCCUGACUAAAUUCUUCAUGAUCCUCACUUUCCCUGCAUCCUAUCCCGUCAGUAAACUCCUGGACCACGUGCUGGGGCAGGAGAUAGGCACUGUGUACAACAGGGAGAAGCUGCUGGAGAUGCUCAGGGUGACCGAUCCGUAUAAUGACCUGGUGAAAGAGGAGCUCAACAUCAUCCAGGGUGCUUUGGAGCUCAGGACUAAAACUGUGGAGGAUGUCAUGACGCCUUUGCGAGACUGCUUCAUGAUUGCGGGUGAUGCCAUCCUGGACUUCAACACCAUGUCUGAGAUCAUGGAGAGCGGCUACACGCGCAUACCUGUAUAUGAGGGCGAGAGGUGUCAUAUUGUGGACCUGCUGUUUGUCAAGGACCUGGCCUUUGUGGAUCCAGAUGACUGCACGCCGUUGAAAACCAUCACCAAGUUCUACAGCCACCCUCUGCAUUUUGUCUUCAAUGAUACAAAGCUGGAUGCCAUGCUCGAGGAGUUUAAAAAAGGUAAAUCCCAUCUGGCCAUUGUCCAAAGAGUGAAUAAUGAAGGAGAGGGUGACCCAUUCUAUGAAGUUCUGGGCAUCGUCACGCUAGAGGACGUCAUUGAGGAAAUUAUCAAAUCUGAGAUUCUUGAUGAGACAGACUUAUACACUGACAACAAGACGAAAAAGAAGAUAGCUCACAGGGAUAAGAAACAGGAUUUCUCUGCUUUCAAACCCACAGAUAACGAGUUGAGGGUGAAAAUAUCUCCGCAGCUUCUUUUGGCUACACUGCGUUUCCUGGCAACUGAGGUAGAGUCCUUUAGUGCAGCUCAAAUGUCAGAGAAAAUCCUCCUGCGCUUGCUGAAACAUCCUAACGUCAUCCAGGAGCUCAAAUAUGAUGACAAGAACAAGAAAAUGUCAGAGCACUACCUCUUUCACCGCAACAAGCCUGUGGACUACUUCAUCCUCAUCUUGCAGGGGAAGGUGGAGGUUGAGGCUGGAAAGGAGGGGAUGAAGUUUGAAGCUGGUGCCUUCUCGUAUUAUGGAGUGCUGGCUCUAACCUCCUCACCAGUUCCUCUCUCCUUGUCUCGAACCUUCGUGGUGAGCAGGGCAGAAUCGCUGGCAGGAUCUCCAGAAAAUAAGUCACCUCCACGACCGUUCGGACUCAACCACUCAGACUCCCUGAACAGGAGUGACCGGAUGGAGGCGGUCACUCCCACACUGGGCAGCAGUAACAACCAGCUCAACUCCUUCCUGCAGGUCUAUGUGCCGGACUAUUCUGUGAGAGCUGCCUCUGACCUGCUUUACAUCAAGGUGACCCGCCAGCAAUAUCAGAACGCCCUGAUGGCGUCUCGCAUGGACAAGACGCCUCAGUCCACGGACAGCGAGUUCACCAAGAUCGAGUUGACUUUCACCGAGCAUCAGGAUGGACCACUGGACGAGUCGGCCACUCUUUUGACCACCAACGCACAUAAACCCAACCACACUGCCCACAACGACGGGGCUAUUUAACCACCCUCAGCGGAGAGAGAUGGCGUGAGAGCGCUCGGCUCCAUUAGCCUUUCCCGAGAGGCCUUCUCCUACACUGGGCAGCUUUAGUUUGACAUAACGAGUCCUCUCAUCACGGUCGAUUUCAAAGGGGAACAUACGCAAAGACUACAAUGUGAAGGGCCGCAUAUCCCACACAAUGCAUGCACUAAUGACCUUAACACCUUUUGUAGGCAGCGGAUCAGUCAGGGACCAUAAAAUCAUUUUCGCUCGAGGACAAACACACUUGAAAUACGCACUCACACACUUUCACUUAGGAGCAAGGUGACGACCCACACCACACCUCGACCAGACACGAUACUAGAAGGACAAAGAAAUAACGGUGCCUUUAGACAGCGCUCGGUUACUGUCAACAAAGGAGAUCUAGAGGCCCCCGAGGGCCUGGGCGACACAGAGCUCUCCCAAAUCUUCCAUUCGACCCAGGAAGCCUGAGCAGAUGCAGCCACCGAUGAGAUAUCAGCGACCAGGAGGCUUGGAAACACUCGACGGAGAUCAAUGACGCUAAGCCUUUCGAAAAAAAAGCAGGAUGCAUCUCGGUCUGUCAGCAGAACUGAGACGCCUCAUGACCAAAGACAUUUGGCAAGGACAGCAAAUAACAGGCAGAAUAACUGUGGGUCCUUCAAAAGAAUUUGUUACAAAAUGGCAGCCUCGGAUACGACACGCAUUAGCAGGCAAAACAGCAUUUGCCUGGACUGUGCCAAAUAACACCAACGAUUUCAGUGAUUUCUUCUGCCCAGGUUAAUCCACGUCACGUGCAUAUGUGCUACGUACAGCAUUCGCAGUACAAAGAAAUCAGAUGUGUUUACAUAUGAGGGCCUUUUUCAUCUAUAUAUAUAUACAGUAUAUAUAUAUAUAUAUAUAUAUAGAGUGAGAGAGAGAGAGAUUUUUUUACGCCAAUCCUGAUUGCGCUGAGGUACAGCGUCACCUAUUUUAAGGUGAAUAGAGUAUACGUCUCAUGACUGGUUCCAUUUUUAUGUACGUCGGACCACUCUUUAUUAACGAUACGUUUUUGAUUUUCAGUGCUUUUGUUGUAAUCAUGUAACUCUUCAUUUUUAAAAGAAACAUUUUGUACGUCACAACUACCUUUCUUCAGAUAGUUUCUAGCUGCAUUUAGGACUUCAAAAAACACGUAAAGGACUAUUUCAGGAACUUACACUGUAACUAUAUCUCAUCUUCAGAUUCCAUAUUUGAUCUUUUAUCUUACGUUUAUUAUUUUUAGAAAAAAAGCUAUUCAUGUAGGACUCAAUGCCAUGGGAUUGUAAAAGAGGUACUUGUAAUGAUUUAUCGAUUUUAAAACAGAUGAAAAAGGAAAAUAAUUCAGCAUUAAUGUAUUUAUUUUGGUUUUAUUAUGACAAGAUUACACUAACGCUCUUGACACAAAGGGGAACGUUUCUCUGGCUGAUGUUUUUAUCCGCUGUUUUUUUUUUUUUUUUUUUUAAUCAGAACCUCCUGAGACGCUUCUGUCAGAAGUGUAAAGCCGCUGGAUAUCAGGACAUUUACGUCUUAAGUGUUUUAUGUAGCAACCUCUCAGUGCAAUAGUGCAACAGCUAUGCAGGGACAAUCAUGACCAAUUAAUGAGCUUACUGGUAGGACAAAAUAACUGAAAGUAAACUAUCAGAAUUUAAUAAGAGGCUGAGAGGUAGAAUAAGUUUGUUAGAUUAACAUAACUACUGUUAAGGGGCUUGAGAUGUGAAGUAGUGAUUGUUGAACACUAACAAAGGCUUCAUUCCUGUUCUUCUGUUACAUUGACUGCUUAUUCCAGUUUGUUCACACUGUGUUAAUGAGGAACGCCCUUUCAUUUCACUUAAAGCAUUUGGUGAUGUCCUACAGGUCAGAUCAGUGUUUUCACAUUUGAUCGCCUGCCUUAGAAAAGAGGAAAUGUCUUCAAAAAAUGUGGUGCUCUAACAUGCGGUUUGAGUCUGUCAUACACUGCUGCUAUUUUCAAUCUUGAAUGUGUAUAGAGAUACUGUACAGUCAUAAAUCAGAGAGUACUAUUGUAUGCUUACAUAAUAUAAACCAGACAAUGCUAUAUCAGAUUUAAAUAUACAUAUUAUAUAUAUAUAAUGCAGAUGGAAAUUGCUAUAAUAAAACUGUUUGACAACUUUAUGACUGCC